AUGGCAUCAUGUACUUGCUCAACCCGUAAGGGGCCGAUCUCGCUGACGGAGCGGCCAAGUCCCCCGCCUGAGACGACGAGUGAGCAUCUUUGUGCCCAAUGCGCCUCUCUCGACCUCAACGCCUUACUACAAUCCCGGGACCCAGAGGAAAACAAUGCCCGGCCGUGGCUGAGGAGUACAAUGGGCUCUGCCUGUCCCCUCUGCCGGUUUCUGGCAACAAUAGCAUCUCCCGGACAUCCAUCUCCAUCGCCAAGUCUGGACACCGAGAUUGAGUACCAGCUAGAGACUGUAUCUUUUCCCCACGGAUUCCGUACAUUUUCCGAAAACGAUGUGCAAGAUAAGUCUAUAUAUGACUUCAACGUUCUUGGCCUCUGCACGUUUUAUUCCUUUCUCCCCGAGGGCUGCAUCCUGCCGGUUGAUUACAACUUGCAACAUCCCAAGUUGCCCGCUAUCCGCAAAAUUGACGCUGCCUCGAUUAACUUUUCCAUCUUGCGAAACUGGCUUGUUCACUGCCAGACUCACCACUCAGCGUCAUGUAUACCCUUGGAUCAAUACCUGCUGCAAGAGGUCACUGGCCUGAAGUUGAUAGACUGUGAAACGAGACAAGUCGUAGAAGCACCCAGGGACCCCAUCUAUGUGGCUCUUAGCUACGUAUGGGGCAAGUCCCAUGCUGCCGAAGCGACAGGCUUGAGCCGGUCUUCCUUGCCGGAAAUUGUUCCAAGAACCAUCGAGGACGCGAUACAAGUGGUGCUACGACUUGGUCUCAAAUACUUAUGGGUAGACAAGUAUUGCAUCAACCAGUCCAACGCCACUGAGUUGGCACAGCAAAUAUCCAUCAUGGACAUGAUCUAUAACGCUGCGUUUUGCACCAUUAUCGCAGCUUGUGGAGAGGAUGCCUCCUUUGGACUGCCUGGAGUCGGUUUAACAAGGAGACCAAAGCAGCGGGCAAUUCACCUGAACGGACAGUUUUGGGUCUCAAGCCUUAGAGCCCCUGAUCUGGUGACCGAGACGUCGACGUGGGCCAGCAGAGGCUGGACCUACCAAGAAGGACUGUUUUCUCGGCGGCGUCUUAUCUUUACUGAGGAACAGGUCUAUUUCGAGUGCAACGCAACCACGUGUCUAGAGACAGUGAGCUAUGACCUUCACUGUCAAACGGACACUACGUACCUCGGUCCUGGCGGGAUAUUCAAUGGCGGUCUCGGGUAUGGAGGAGAUGAACUCCAUUGGCGCAUCAGGGAAUACAGCAAACGGUCAUUAUCGUUCCAGAGCGACAUUAUAAAUGCUCUCAGUGGUGUUUUCCGGCUAUAUUCCACCAAGCACCAUCCGACGCACCACUAUUGGGGUGUUCCCAUAUACUACCACUCGAACUGGGACUCUUCCUUGCCAAACAAGAGCGUCGCAAUCGACCGCGAUCUUUUCCGCCAGUUCGGUCGCGAAAUAGACGCUGCCUUUGCCCGUGGCCUCUGCUGGCAACUAGGCAUGCCCUGUCCUCGAAGGCGGGACUUCCCUAGCUGGUCGUGGAGCGGUUGGAUCGGGCCACUGGCGGACUCCAAUUGGCUCCUUAACAGCCAACUCGGAGAUAAACGAGUCAAGAUUUGGCUGCAGAGGACUAACGGCUACACUCCAGCCCUUCGUAUAGAGGCAUGGGUAAUCGACACAACUCUCACCUAUCUCGCUCAUGGUCUCAAUGGUGCCUGCAUUAACCGGACAGGGUGGAUUAAGAAUCCGCGGUACUUCGUCUCCGCCGAGGCACUGGCAUCGAGGAGGAGCUUUCACGGCACAUUACGAUGGCUUGUCGUGCCAUCGGUACAAGUAAAGGAGGGUGAUGAAAUGCAUGAAGAACUCUGUCGAGAAACCUUCACUUGCGUGUUGUUGAGCAAGGUAUUGGAAUUUGCGCUCGUGGUGCGGAAGCGGGCGGGGGAGGUCGUGGAGAGGAUAGGGCAUGUGAGGAUUUCCCCCGCAGUUGUUGAUCCGGGAUAUAUUACGAAGGAUUAUGAACUGUAUGAGGACGCCGACAUGUUUGAUAUAUUCCCUCGAACUCGUCGAACUAGGCGCACAAUCCUUCUUGGCUAG